AUGUGCUCCACAUCGUAUUUGCAUCAGAUCAUUCACGAGGAAACAGUCGCCCCAGAGGCUUCUCACAGCUUCUUGGGCUAUUCUCCGCGGCCGCAGGGCCACAGGUUUCAGAUGUUCGCCCUGGACUCUUUGGAACAGUCCCCCCUCACCAUUAACACGGGCCAUGAGGUUAAAGCGCAGUUCGACGUGGAGAAAUGCGGUACAGUGCAAUGCAUGGAUGGACCGACGACAGAACGCCUUCUUUCCAACGGUUCAGCUUCAGCCGAGAAAGAGGCGUCCAGGCAGAUGAUCGCGGUGGAUCGAGGCAUUGAUAUUCAACCUGGGAUUUGCAAGAUACUUGACGAACCCUGGUUGAUGCUUCGGCAACGGUGA